GAGGUGAUAGACUCUACCUGUUUGCAUACUAGUCAAUGGAGAGAGUCUCUUAUCAAUACAUUCAUAUUCGUGUGCCUUUUCCAACGUACUGGCUUGCAUUUCAAAUGACAUGGUUUGACCCCUGGUGCCUGACUCUGCCCGUCUGCGAGAUUCCCCACCAUCUUCCCUUUGCAAGACUUCUAGCCAGUCUCUACGAAAGAUUCUAGAGUGUCUGCAGGAGCCAUCUUAGCAAGGAGAGCCUGAUGCUCCCUUCUUCAUCGACCCAGCUCUUCAACGCUGCCUAUCUACCAGGAGCGACAACAACCAUAUCCGUCUCAACUUCAGUCUCAUGGUAGACAGUCACCUUCGAUGUCAGCUGAGGUAGUCAGGUCAGCAUGAUGAUCUUCAUUCAUGUUCUCAUUCUUGCUCAGGUAUCUGCAGCCACCAAUGGUUUGCUGUGGCCCGAACCUUCGGAGGUCAGCCUGGGAGAACAAGUCGUCUGGCUGGACCCAAGAACAGUGGAUAUAGUGUUUCUAUGGUCUGAUAACAGUCCGCAAGUUGUCGAACCAGAGACUGUUACUAGCCAAGCUCAUGGGACUGGGAGAUGGCUGAUGCAGCGCCCGUAUGAUUUGGUUCAUGACUUGCUCAAGGAAGUCCGCAUAGUCGCGACACAUCUAAAAUCCCCCUCGACCCCGUCAAAAACAUCCCCCAUCCCAUCAGAGCGACAUAAAGUGUCUGAGAAUGCUAUUUUGGAAUCGGCUGUGGGUGAUAUGCUGGAGUCUUUGACUUACUCUGGUCUUGUACCAUGGAAAUUUCAUUCGCGACAUUCAGAUUUCGAGCCCGAGCCCGAGCCCGAUUCUUGUGACCCCAAAAGGCUUAUCUCGGCUAUUCACGUUGUUUUACCAAGUAGUCCGAGCCAAAGAGAGUUUCAAGCGGACGAGUUCUUCCAUGGGGACGAGUCUUACACCUUGAGGGUCAACGAGUCUGUUGUAUUUGUGCAGUCAAACAGUACUUUGGGGGCUAUUCGAGGCUUACAGACGUUGGAACAACUGUUCUACAAGCAUUCACGAUCCAGAUUGUCAUACACUCCUCAUGCGCCAGUCAUAAUCCAUGACCAACCAGUGUGGAAGCAUCGAGGUAUCAGCAUUGAUAUAGCCAGAAACCCGUUUGUCCCUGGGGACCUGAUCCGUACAAUUGAUAUCAUGUCGUCUGUCAAGCUGAACAGGCUUCAUGUGCAUGCUACUGACUCUCAGGCAUGGCCUCUCGAUAUUCCCUCCUUGCCGCAGUUGGCGCAAAAAGGGGCGUACAGGUCAGAUCUUGUCUGGACUGCGCAAGAGCUAGAAGAAAUUCAGGCUCAUGGAGCGUCAAAGGGGGUUUCCGUUUUUGUGGAAAUUGAUGUGCCUGGCCAUACGGCCUCUGUGGCUCACGCAUUUCCUGACCUCAUAGCAGCCUUCAACGAACUCGACUGGGACACAUUUGCCGCUGAGCCAUUGAGUGGUCAGCUCAAACUCAACUCUUCUGCAGUGACGGAUUUCAUGUCCAAAGUCCUCAAAGACCUUCUGCCACGAACGAGAAGAUUCACGUCUUGGUAUCAUGUUGGAGGGGACGAAGUCAACCGGCCAGCCUACGAACUGGAUGAGACGGUUCGCAGUGGCAAGAUGGACGUCUUGCGCCCAUUGUUGCAACGCUUUAUCGAUCAUAUCAUUGGUCUUUCCCAAAGCUUUGGCUUUCAACCAAUCGUCUGGGAAGAAAUGCUUCUUGAUUGGGAUCUGACAUUGCCGUCUGCGGGUAACGGGUCGUCGAAUGGAACCCUGAUACAGGUAUGGCGCAACAGUCGACGGAUUGAGGAAGUAUUGAAACAAGGACACCGAGUUAUAUUUGGCGACUAUGGACAUUGGUACCUGGAUUGUGGCUUUGGGAAUUUCAUUAAUCCAUAUCCUUCUGGGAAGUCCCCUCCAGGGGUUCCUUUCAAUACAUCUGGAGGUCAAGAUAGCCGCAUCAAACAGCCCUAUCUCGACUACUGCCAGCCGUACCACAACUGGCGACACAUGUACGUCUACAACCCGAUUGCGAACAUCAGCGAGGAUCUUCUCGGCGGUAUUGAAGGCGGUGAAGUUCUGAUGUGGUCGGAGCAAACCGAUUCAUAUGAUCUGGACUUCAAAUUAUGGCCUAGAGCAGCGGCGGCAGCAGAAGUCCUGUGGUCAGGAGUCAGAAAUGAGUCAAUGCUGGAAGAUGCCACUCGAAGGCUAAGCGCUUGGAGAGAAAGAAUUGUCUCAGCGGAUGUAGCUAUAUCGCCCGUCCAAAUGACCUGGUGUCUGAUGGAGGGUGGCUGUAACCUGUGACUUGUGUUUCCUAAUAUGUAUAGGCUGCAGGUCAUCUAGAGAAGAAUACAUGCCCACCACCAUUCAGUGCAAGUUUGUGUGUGACUGGGACGGGAUAUGGGUAAAUCGUUGUUCUCAAACCAGCCUGUAAUAUCUGUCAAAGAUUGAGGUGAAAUGAGUUGCUUGGGCUUCCUCGUUCCUGAGGGGGAAGCCCAUCCAUCUAUAGCCAAAUGUACGGCUCUACAGUGUACAGGAUGCUGGGAGAUGUUACAAACCCUUAUGUAAUGAU